AUGUUUCAACCACGUAAUGACUCCUUACUUCAACCAACCAAUAAUGGCCUCCAUAAUCAUAAGAAUGAAUAUUUUUUUGACAGAAAUGGCUAUGCAUUUCGUUAUAUUUUAGAAUUCUAUCGUACUGGUAAAAUUCUUUGGCCAAAAUCCAUCAACCAUUUGCGCGCUCCCGUUUCUCAAAAUUCCUUGAAACCUUCCAUUACGUCUUCUAUGACCAUAGAUAAUGACAAGAUGGAUUGUUCGGCUCAUCAGUAUACGAUCCCAACCGCUACUGAUACUUUGGCAAAAAUAAUGCCUGUGUCGUUACACGAACUUCACCGUGAACUAGAAUUCUUUCAAAUUCCUUCUUCCCUCUCUCUUUCUUCUCCCGCUUCUCAAUCUUCAAUCUCAUAUAACAUAGCCGCUCAAAUUCUUGAUGACUUUAUUUAUAUCAUAGAAUCUUUAAUUUGUGAAUCAAUUGAAUCAUUUUCUCAAAAAAUUACUAUUAAAUUUUAUGAGGAUUUUCGGCCUGUUGAGGUUUUUAUGGCUAGAUAUCGAAAAGAUGAUGCAUUAAAAGGGUUUGAAGCUAAAGUCUAUAGAUUAUGUUCAUUUUUUGAUCCAAGAGAAGUAUUAGCCAAUACCUUGAGUUUUGAAGAUAUUUCUAUCUCUGGAAUUAAUAAUAGUUCUGGUGGUGGUUCUUGCGGUAAUGAUAAUAUUAAUGUACCACCUAAAAAAUUAUAA